AGGGAGAGGGAGGGGGAGCAGUAGUAGGCAGAUGCUGGGUAGGGAGAAGCAGGACGGAAUAUACAACAAGUGAGUGAACUGUUGCUCUGCAAAUAAAGUCUCCGUGCAGCGGGAUUUCUGCAGGGCGGAACCCUGCCAAACUCACUCAUCAGAAUGGGUGAAUUUAUCUGAAGGACCGCUGCGUUACUUUAAUUCGUGUUGUAUUGUUUCUUUUCUGUUUUGUAUUUCUCCGCGUGUGCUCGGACUGCCUUUGAGCGCUGCCCGGAGCGUUUGGCGUGGUGCGGUCCCGAUAGCAUGCAGGAGUGCUGGAUCAUAAGAGGCUGCAAGUUUGAAUAUUAGUGAGAGUUCAGCUGAACUUUACCUGAUACAGAGAGAGGUCUGUGGAGGGUUUUUCAUUCUGCACCUGGACAGUUUCCUGCGGCGUUUCCAUCUGAACCCGCGGCUUGAAAAACUGAGGAUCGUUUAGAAAAGACAGGAAGGAAAGAAACAACUCGGUUACAACAUAUUCAGAGAUUUGAUGCGACGCUGUGAUAAAAUGUCCUCCCUUGCCUUCAGAACAAGAUUGACCGAUUAAAUGCACCUGGUCUGCCCUGUCCUCAGAUUAAGCAUUUUUUGACCUAUAACCAAUCUGUAUUUCUAUUUCCCUUGGCUUGUAAAACAAGAUUUUUUGACAAUAUUUUUAGAAAGAUAGAGAAAAAAAAGGUGUAAGGCCCAUUAAUAGAACUCCAAGAAGAGAGAAGGAAAAAAAGACGCUGAGAAAUUACACUUUCCCCUUUCUCUCUUCUCAUUUCUGGACAGACAAGUAAAGCGCCCUUCCCCAUAUGUGGGUGAGAUGAACUCCAAUGGGAAUACUGUAGACCCCACUUGACAGCUCUCUGCCUGAGUAACUGGAAGCUUUUCACGUGAGCCUCCACUACAACAGAGCUGGUUUAAAUUAAAAAAAGCACAACAUCUGAGCGUUGAUAUCUAAGUUGUUUUUGCCUCACAAAAUGUUGGAUUUUCUCUAGAAAGGUUAACAAGUCAUUGUGAACCAAGACAUUAAAAAAACUAAAGAAAUCGAAACUCUAAGAAAUGGGAAAACAUUUUGUUCUCUGUUCACCGAAAUUCUAAUUAUUUUUGUCCAAGACCUGUCUGUCCCACCCUACAAAAGGCCCCCACUUCUCUUCUCGGCCCAAUAUAAUCACACCUCUGCCACCCUCUUAAUCCAGUUGUAACUUCUUGCCCAGAGUUCAGUCUGGCAGGCACAACCAUUCCAGCCAAGGGGGAGGAGGACUUCCUCACGCUGGCCGCCUCCCGGCUCAGCCGUAAGAAACGUGUCAUCGGGGCUGGAGUCGGCGUGGCCAUGGUCUUGGUCCUGCUGGUGGCCAUUCCCCUAUUGGUCCACACCACCAAAGGGGGAGGGUCCGGAGGAGGGGGCACGCAUUACGAGAUGCUUGGGAGCUGCAAAAUGGUGUGUGACACUUUCACCCCCCCACAGGGAGAGCUCACAGCCGUCUCCCCUCAGCCCCCAGACUUCUCAAACCGCAGGGGAAAACAGGGGUUCAGAGGGAGCCCUGGACUUCCUGGUCCCCCAGGUCCUAAGGGACCCCCUGGAGAGCCGGGCAAGCCUGGCCCACCUGGUCCACCUGGGCCUGGACCUGGUGGAUAUGGCCAAUCUCUCUACAGUCCCAAAAUUGCCUUCUACGCCGGCCUCCGGAAACAACAUGAAGGCAGUGAGAUAUUGAAGUUUGACGAUGUGGUGACCAAUGUCGGGAACUACUACGAACCGAGCACAGGCAAGUUCACCUGCCCACUGCCCGGCAUCUACUACUUCACAUACCACGUCCUGAUGAGAGGAGGGGACGGGACAAGCAUGUGGGCUGACCUGAAGAAGAACGGGCAGGUAAGGGCCAGUGCAAUCGCUCAAGAUGCAGAUCAGAACUACGACUAUGCCUCCAACAGCGUCAUCCUGCACCUAGAUGUUGGGGACGAGGUUUGUGUACAGCUGGACGGGGGUAAAGUUCAUGGCGGAAACACCAACAAAUACAGCACCUUCUCCGGCUUCCUCAUCUACCCUGACUGACAGCAUACUCACACACACACGCACGCACGCACACACGCACGCACGCACGCACGCACGCACACACACCCACACACACACACAAACACACACCCACACACACACACAAACACACACACACACACACACACACACACACACACACACACACACACACACACACACACACACACACACACACACACAUUACAAUCAAGCAAAAAGUCUCCUCUCAUUUGUGCAUCUAACACACCAUCCUACCAUGAUGUAAUUUGUCAUUUCAAUGCUGUUCAAUACACAAAACAUGUAAUAACAUGCUAACAAAUAGAGCUUGAAGAGAAUUUGUGUAAAAAUGAAUAUAUUAUUGUAUAUAUUACCAGUUAACAUUUACUUCUGAGACACACUUGUGUAAUCAUUAUUCUGUGCCAUGUACAGUUUGUGAAAGCAUGUCUAAAACUGUCUGUUUCACAUGCACACUUGUGCAAACACACGCACACACACACACAUGCACAUGAAUUGAACUUGUCCUAUCAGUUGCAACGCUGAGACAAGAUGACCAUUUCAGCCACCGGUCUGAAAUCGACUGAAAUGAUCUCUGAAUGUAGCCUGUAAAUCGAAGUGUGUGUACUUGGCUGCAGCUUCUCGCCUUCACUGUGAGAUGGAUUUCCAAACAAGAAAAGUCAUGAAUAUAUUGAUCGCAGCUGAUAA